CUUUAAGCGAAGGGGGCGGGGCUCUUCUGGGGGAGGGGGAGAGGGGAGCGUGCGCGCGCCGGCCCAGCCCGAGCUUGAAUGACUCCCUUUUUUUUUUUUUUUGUUUGUUCCUGCUCGGCUUUGAUCCAUUGAUAAAUUCCUGCGGGCCGAGCGAGCAAGCGAGGCAGGGGCGCGCCUUUACGCACGGCCGGAGCGCGGCGCUCGGAUGGCUGCGGCUGCGGGGCCCCCACGUGCGGCCCAGCGGCGCUGCGGGCCAAGGCGAGCCGGGCGGCCGGAGCAGCGCCAGGGGUGAGCGGCUUGGCCCCCGGGCCCCCAAGCCAGCCGGGCCCUCCCUGCCUCCUGCCGCCUCCGCCUCCGGGCUGCGCCUGCUGCGCCCGACUGCUGCUCUCCCUUGGCGGGGCAUGGCCGGAUGAUCGCGGCGCGCAGCCCCCUCUGCUCCCCGCCGCCGCCCGCCAUGGCUGCCAAGGAGGACCUGUACGGCAAAGUCACCCCCCGCAGGAACCGGCAGCUCCGCGCCGCCACCGUCAAGCACGGCUCCUCGCUCGACAUCCUCCUCUCCAUGGGCUUCCCCAAAGCCAGAGCAAGGCUCUGGCGUCUACAGGAGGCCGAAGCGUCCAAGCCGCCUGUGACUGGUUGGCUUUUUUCCCACGUAUGCGACCCUUUUCUGGACGACCCCUUGCCUCGGGAGUAUGUCCUCUACCUGCGUCCCACAGGUCCCUUAGCGCAGAAGCUCUCGGACUUCUGGCAGCAGUCGAAGCAGUUGUGCGGGAAGAACAAGGCACACAACAUCUUCCCGCAUAUCACGCUCUGCCAGUUCUUUAUGUGUGAAGACAGCAAGGUGGAGGCGCUCUGUGAAGCUCUGCAGGCCACGGUCACACGGUGGAGGUGCAAGUUCUCAGCCCCUUUGCCCCUGGAGCUCUACACAUCAUCCAACUUCAUCGGGCUCUUUGUCAAGGAGGACAGCGCGGAGGUCCUCAAGAAGUUUGCGGCAGACUUUGCGGCAGAGGCUGCUUCUAAAGCCGAUGUACAUGUGGAGCCCCAUAAGAAGCAGCUGCACGUGACCCUGGCCUACCAUUUCCAAGUGAGCCACCUGCCCACCCUGGAAAAGUUAGCUCAGAGCAUCGAUGUCAAGCUGGGCUGUGAUUGGGUAGCUUCAAUGUUCUCCCGCGAUAUUAGAUUUGCUAACCACGAGACUCUGCAGGUGAUCUAUCCAUACACCCCACAGAACGACGACGAACUGGAGCUCUCCCCGGGGGAUUUCAUCUUCAUGUCUCCUGUGGAGCAAAUCACCACUAGCGAAGGCUGGAUUUAUGGUACUUCUCUCGCCACCGGCUGCUCUGGGCUGCUGCCUGAGAAUUACAUCACCAAAGCAGACGAGUGUGGCACUUGGGUUUUCCACGGGUCGUACUCAAUUCUGAAUGCCACUCAUUCCCCAUCCCUUCUCAUGUUCACUGAUGGAAUAAUGGAGCGAAGACUGCAGGAAGAGCAAGGACCAGGAGAUACAGGACCGCUGACUAUCUUCUGUCAGAGUAUGCAGCCCUUAAGAAUCGCCAACCCACCAGGACCUCAGAAGAGAUGCCUUUUCGUUUGCCGCCACGGAGAGAGGAUGGAUGUUGUAUUUGGAAAAUACUGGCUCUCCCAGUGUUUCGAUGCCAAAGGAAGGUAUGUGCGCACAAACCUGAAUAUGCCUCACAGCCUACCUCAACGAAGUGGCGGUUUCAGGGAUUAUGAAAAGGACGUGCCCAUCACCGUGUUUGGAUGCACACAAGCAAGGCUCAUUGGGGAAGCCUUACUCGAGAGCAACACUAUCAUACACCACAUCUACUGUUCGCCCUCCCUGCGCUGCGUCCAGACGGCACACUAUAUUUUGAAAGGUUUGCAACAGGAAAAUAACCUGAAAAUUCGAGUAGAGCCAGGCUUGUUUGAGUGGACCAAGUGGGUAUCCGGGAGUUCCCUUCCUGCGUGGAUCCCUCCAGUGGACUUAGCUGCAGCCAAUUUGAGUGUUGAUACAACAUAUAGACCUCAUAUAUCCGUGAGCAAAUUAGUCGUUUCAGAAUCGUACGAAACGUACAUCAGCAGAAGCUACCAAGUGACGAAAGAGAUUCUGAGUGAAUGCAAAGCGAAAGGAAAUAACAUUUUGAUAGUGGCGCACGCCUCCUCGCUUGAAGCGUGCACUUGCCAGCUGCAAGGCCUGUCUCCACAGAAUUCCAAGGACUUUGUACAAAUGGUCAGAAAGAUUCCAUACUUGGGAUUUUGUUGCUGCGAAGAAGUUGGAGACAUGGGUCUGUGGCAGCUCACAGAUCCACCCAUCCUCCCUCUCACUCAUGGACCAACUGGCGGCUUUAACUGGAGAGAAACUCUGCUACAGGAAUAAGCCAAUGGAGAGGAGGAGGAACUAAGAGAUGGCCUUUCUAAAUACUGGAGAAUGUCACAUUUAUUGAAUUUUUUUUCCUAAUUACUGACAGAAAAAAAGUUCUUCAUAACCUUUUAGAUGGAUUUAUAAACAACACUCUAGCAUAUCUUCUUCAGAGUGGCAUUCGUGCGUCUAGGGAAAUAGCUAAAAAAAAUUAGACGUAUGCUUGGAUCGUGGAAAAAUAUACGUGUACACACAGUCUCGUUCUUUCUUCAGCCUUCUGUCCUGCAGAAAUGUCUUUGUGAUGUAAGCUACUGAGCUUAAAUUUUUUUAAAAAAUCUUAAAUUAAGGUCCAAGGGGGAGAAUCAGUUUUCACUGCCUUCUAUAUAAUGUAUGAUGCUAGUAACUAUUAGGAACAUAUUCUAAAUUAUGGUCUUUC